CUACCGCGCCGUCCUCGCCGCACCACCCUCCUCAACCCACUCCCAUUACCAACGCUGAACUCGUUUGCGUCAGAGAAACGUCGUCGUUUGCAUCGGAGUGUUGCGGUGGUGAGGUCACAGCUUAGAUACCCUAUCGUAUCGCCGGAUGAUCAUUGGGGAAUUUGGUCUACUCUCUUCACUAUCGGCGCUUUUGGUCUCUGAGAAGACCAAGAUUGGGAGCAUGGUGAGUGCUGCUCUGGUGAGCACUUUAGUUGGGCUAGCAGCAAGUAAUCUAGGGAUACUUCCACACAAUGCGCCGGCAUAUUCUAUUGUCUUGGAGUUUCUGCUACCCUUAAUUAUUCCAUUGCUGUUGUUUGGAGCAAACUUGUACCAAGUGGUGCGUUCAACUGGGACACUUCUGUUAGCUUUCUUACUUGGGUCAGUUGCUUCUGUUGUUGGAACUCUAGUGGCAUUUCUUUUAGUGCCUAUGCGAUCUCUUGGUCCUGACAACUGGAAAAUAGCAGCUUCUCUCAUGGGUAGCUACAUUGGCGGAUCCGUUAAUUAUGUUGCCAUUUCAGAAGCGCUAGGUAUGUCUGCAUCAGUUUUAGCUGCAGGAGUGGCAGCAGAUAAUGUUAUCACUGCUCUAUAUUUUAUGGUAUUGUUUGCAUUGGCUUCAAAAAUUCCUGCCGAGGCUGCAGCGCCAACCACUGAUGAUAAAAUGGAUAUGGAGUCGGAUAACGAGGGCAACCUCCCUGUGUUGCAGACGGCUACUGCACUUGCUACAUCUUUUUUGAUAUGUAGAGCGGCCACAUAUGUAACAAAAGCAUCUGGCGUACAAGGAGGAACCCUCCCUGGAAUAACUGCAAUCGUAGUCAUUCUAGCCACACUUCUCCCAAGGCAGAUUGGUCCCCUGGUACCUGCUGGUCAUACUGUUGCACUGGUUUUGAUGCAGGUAUUUUUUGUGGUGGUUGGAGCUUCUGGAAGUGUAUGGAAUGUUAUCAAGACUGCCCCGAGUAUUUUCCUGUUUGCACUUGUUCAAGUAACCGUCCAUCUUCUUCUUGUUCUUGGAUUAGGAAAGUUGUUCAAGUUUGAUUUGAAGCUGUUGCUUUUAGCAUCAAAUGCCAACAUUGGGGGCCCUACAACAGCAUGUGGGAUGGCCAAGGCCAAAGGCUGGGAUUCUUUGGCUGUUCCUGGAAUUCUUACAGGCAUUUUUGGAGUUUCAAUUGCAACAUUUCUUGGUAUUGGUUUUGGAGUGAUGGUUCUAAAACACUUGUAGAAAUGAUUAUUUACAAGGUUCAGAUGCUAAAAUGCUUACAACUAAUUGGAAGUUAUGAUCAAGCAGUUUUAAGGUAUCAUUUGACAUAUAUUUGCUCAAGAACUUGGUGUAGCUAUCUUUUCUUCUCCAUCUCCCACACAUCGUGCACAAGACUAACGCUCUGUUUGGUAGAGAAGAGAGAAAUAGAGAAGAGAGAGUAGAGAAGAGAGAAGAUGAGUAGAGAGAAAUAUGUAAGAAAUAGAGUGGAUUUAUAGGUUGUUUGGUAUGAUAUAAAUAGAUGAGAGAUGGAGAAGAGAGAGUAAGGUGGAAUGUAUGAAAUGUCUUUUUUAUCCUGAAUUUAAAAAUAUUAAAAACUGAAUGACUAGAGUGGUGUAAUUGUUUAAAGCAAUGGUAUAUUUGACAAUUAAUGGUCUGCAGCCCAAAUCUUCUCAAUUUGGAGAAAUGAAAAAAAGUAGGUGGGACCCACAAUUUAUAUCUCUCUCUACUCUCUCUUGUUGAUAUCAAACGCAGGUAGAAUCACUUUCUCUUUGCUAACUCCAUCUGCAACAUCUCUCUCUUGCCUAUUUCUCACCUAACAAACAAAGUGUAAGUGAGUGUUUGGAUACUAGUUGAACGCAAUGUGAACGGGCUUUCAUUAUAUCCCAGUUCAUAAGAAAAGUCUGAUUCCUUCUUCCUUGUUAUAUUGAAGUGAGUGCUAACAUCCGUUUGCACUGGUGCCAACGGGUAUUGAAACAUAACAUUAGUGCUUGUUUGCUUUCGCUUCAUGCACAAACUCCAGAGCACAUUAGGUACAAAGCUGCCUAUUAUGACUAUAUUUAAUAUUUGGAUACAUGUUGGCAUCAGUGUAAACAUACAUUAGCCCUCACUUCAACUGAAAACGGAAUAUGGAUGAAUUGGGAUGAAAAUCUGUUCAUGUUGCACUCAACUCAUAACCAAACACACGCUAUAGCUUCUCAUCAAAUGCUGAUUUGAUUGUGUAUCUUGGGCUUUGACAUGGUAUUAAACAUACUAUGAGCUAGGUUGCAAUUGAACAAGCUUUUUGCUUCAAAUUAUGUUACAUUUGGCAAGUCCAUGACUGUGAUUCUAAACACUUAGCCAGCCCACAACCUACCAAUAAGUUUUUUUUAUGCUAUUAAAUCAAUUCACAUGAUAUGCUGGUGAAAUUUCUACUCCAUCUGCUUGUGUAUAUAGAGCUGGUGAAACUCCUUUGUAUCAGCUAGGUUUUUUUUUUCCUUCUAUUGAAUCAAUUGACAUUCUUCUCUGUUUUCUGUUUACAUUUAUUAUGGCAUCAGUGCCCUAUUCAUAUAGCUCCCUGUUGUGUAAACUCUGAUCAUGGCAAGAAACUCGAAGAACAUUGGUGCUGGUGCGAAUUACGAAGUCAAUCCUGGAGGAUCAUCCAACAAUGUAACAGAUCCUUCAUUGAAUCCUUUGCGCCCGCACUUUAAUCAUCCUUGUGAUGGACCUUCAAUAGUGGUGAGACACCAUAAUUAACAAGCGCGGACCAACACAUUUAGGCGAGAUUGACGUGAAGAGUGUUGAGUGCGAAGAACAAGUUCAAAUUUGUAGGCGGAAGCAUCAUUCAAGUGCCAAACGAGAAUCAUUCUAGCUAUUUAGCUUGGGAAAGGUGCAAUAAUUUGAUCCAUUCAUGGUAAAUGAAUUAUGUUUCACCUUCUAUUGCACAAAAUCUAGUUUACAUCAAGUAUUUUUUGCGACGACUCCUGAAAGAUAUUCUAAGAGAAAAACAAUGAACUCGCCAUUAAUAUUUAUUUGGAUUGGGAAAAACAUUGAAAAA